CAACCAAACAGAACCUACUUCACUCCCACAGAAAAAGAAAGAAGCAUAAAAAAAAUGCAAACAAACUCUUACCCAAGGGUCUUAGGAAUUCUGGACUGUAUAAAUACCAUUGUUAUCAGUCUGCAACAGCCAUAAAGCCUUCCCAGGUUCCUGUGUUCUUGCUUUGACUCGGAAAAUCUAGAUAGCUUACUUGAAUGGGGAGAUUCAAGAUCCUUUUAUUUGCUGUAACUUUGUUCUUGGCUCUGAUUCCUGACACAGAGGCUCAAUGGCAGCCACCGAAAGUUGCUCCUCGGCCACCCUGCCCCUCCCAGAUCGCGCUAGCAAACCUUGCUUGCGCAAUGCUGCCUUACUCCACCAUGGCCCUGUCACCUCCAUCAGUGUCACUCUCUGAUAACCAUGAAAGCCACGGCCCUCCGCCAAACCACAGACACUUGCACACGCACUGGCACGGACACCAGCACCAGAUAUCCCUAUCGCCAAUGGAGGAGAAUUGUUGUAAGUGGGUGCAGCAGUUGGACAGUCAAUGUUUAUGCAGGCUGUUGUCUCGGUUGCCUGCAUUCUUAGAGAGGCCUCAACAUAAAAUUUCUUUUUCUGUUGGCGGUUCGUGCAAUGCUACAUUCUCAUGCGGAGGAGGAACCAUAAUUUAAGCUAAAAUUUUCGGGUUAUGCUCGAGUCAUAGUGUGAUUCAGUCCCUCCUUAUCUUUCUCAGUGUUGGAUUUUCAUGUCUGUGUUGUGUUGAUGUUAUAUGAUUCACUAGUUCUGUUGUUAAGAAAUACAAAUGUCACUUAAAACAGUUUCUAAAUGGUGUUCGUAUAGGUUCCAAAUUUAGGGGGUUAUUAGGUUCAAAUACAACUAAAAAUGCACCAAAGAUGUCAAAGACAAUAAUAUUUUAGUUUUAGGGCUCAUUACUCAUGUACUCUGAUAUGAUAUCUUGGAAAAUGCUACAAAUUUCGUUGCCAAUGUUAGGAGUAUUUGCUUGACUAUCAUACGAUAUGAUAUGAGAAUGUUAUCAACAAUGUAUCCGCCUACCAAAACUAGUGGCACCAUUUUUUUUUACAGUUUGUG